AUGAUUAAUUGGCAAUGUAUAAAUUCAAAUGUACCAUUGACUUUGGUCAAGUCAUUAGAACAAGUUGGUAGAACCUUGAAAGAGUUAUGUCUUUCACGUAAUGAAAAUCAAAAUUAUCUCUGCUUACCAGAUUCAUUGGCUUACGUACUACCUCAAUUAAUAACUUUGAAAAAGUUAAAUAUAAUUAAUUUUGAAACAAGCCAGUCAUUACUCCAGUCGAUAAGUGAAAUAAAAAAUUUGUUACAUCUAAGAUUCAUGUGUUCUUGGGUGAACAAUCAUCCAGUGUUUGAUGAACAAAUCAAUAUGUAUCCAAUUGGGAAUUUGCAAAAUCUCGAGACGUUAUAUAUUAAUUAUAAUUGUGGCGUUACAGAUGAAUUUUUAGUUAAUCUUUAUAAUGAUGCUAAAAAAUUAAAACAUUUAGAUAUUUUUGGUAAAAAUAUAACAGAUAAUGGUAUGAUUGCACUUAAUAAUUUAACAGAAUUAGAAUCGCUUAAAUUUAAUUUAAAUGAAUUAGAAAAUAAUGAGUUUAUAACAGAUCAAUCAAUACAGUGUUUAGAAUACAAACGUAACUUUUGA